UGUGAACCAACAUGGCCCUCCUUUCCUCGGCAUACGAACUGGUCCAGCGCUUGAACGCGGGAGGCAAUACCAACAUCUUUCUGUACCGUCAUCUCCCGUCAAACGACAUCGUUGUGAUCAAGAAGAUUCCUGUCACCGCGUCAUCUAUGGAGGUAUUACCACUGGACUGCGCUGCGUACAAAGAAAUGCACAUCAACCACAUCAUUGCGAAUCAUGCGUACGAUGGGAUUGUGAGCAUGCGCGACUCGUUCCUAGUUGACGACGCGCUCCAUUUGGUGUUCGAGUACUGUGUUGGCGGGGACAUGUUGACCCAGUUGGUGACAUCGUUCAACUCGACGUGGACGGAAUCGGACGCCGUGGCCGUCUUCAAGCAAGUCGCGGGUGCCGUGAACCACCUCCAUGGGUUGGAGAUUGCCCACGGCGACAUCUCCCUCGAAAACAUCUUGGUCCACGACGGUGUUCAUUCAGUCAAAUUGUGCGACUUUGGGCUCGCGAUGGUCCGCGCAGUCACUCGGUACGCUGGCGUGGGCAAGCUGUACUACAUGAGUCCUGAAAUGCACCUGCGGCGGCCAUACAACGCCCUGGCCAGCGAUCGCUGGGCGCUGGGUAUCUUGCUGUUCAUGCUCGUGACUGGUCGGCCCCUCUUCGAGAAGGCGGCCAUGACCGACCCGACCUUCCACCUCUUCUUCCAUGCCCAAGCCGCGGACCCCGCCACGGGCAUCCAGCGUGUUCUGGAAGCGCAUCCAUCCUCUAGAAGUGUGAGCGAGAACGCCGUGGACCUGCUCACGAAGCUGUUGCGCCCCAGCGCCUCCGAACGCUUGUCGAUGGCCCAAGUGCUGGCCCAUCCCUUGUUCCAGCCUGAACCACCGGUCGUGACUCGGCAACGGCGCGCCGCGAGUUCUCCCCUGCUCAGUCACAUCUCCCGAGCGUCGGCGUUGCCGCUGUCGUACUUCAAGUCCAUCACCACGACCAUGUAACUUGUCGUCCCCGAUUUUACAUUAUUUAUACAAACCCAAAAUAUAAACGGAAAUGCGUAGUAUAGUUAGUAUUCAUACUGUUCAUUCGAUGAUUCUAACA